AUGUCGUGGAAAAAGACUGAGCGGCUGAUGGAAACCAUCAAGCACUAUGCAAGCUUCCCCGCCACGGGCGUGAGCUUACGCCAGAUGGUGCAGUUUGGCAAAGACCCCUCCGUCGGUACCCUCUUUCGAGCAUCGCAGUUUCUCUCUGAAGAGCUUCCCAUUCGACUUGCCCACAGAGUCCAGGAGCUGGAUAACCUACCCGAUGGCCUGGGCGAAAUGCCCUCCAUCAGGAGAGUCCAGGACUGCGAGACGAGAGAAAGACUCAUGAAACCGGCGAAACACGGCAAGAGCAAGUGGCUACCAGAGGCCACCCCCAAUCCUAGUUUACAAGAAGGUGAAUAUAUGAACUGGCCCAGUCAACGCCAGAACAGCAAUGCAUUUGGAACUGGGAAUGGAAACGGCAACGGGUGGUCAAGAAAAUACCACUCCGCCAGGAGGUAUUUCGCCGCUGUCGACGACACUGGUGGCAGCUGGCCACCGGAGCUUCACAUGUAUAAUCUCAAGUUUGGUGAGUGUCUGAACAAGAUCAAGAGGCGGCACGACGGCGUCGUCACGACCAUGGCGCAGGGCAUAGUCGAGUACAAACGUAAGAAGCAACGUCUCCAGAUCGACAACACCAUCCACGCCUUCUUAGAUCGGUUCUACAUGUCUCGUAUCGGCAUACGAAUGCUCAUCGGCCAGCAUAUCGCACUUACCUCACAAAGCCACUACCGGGACCCCACCUACGUCGGCAUCAUCUGUACCAAGACCAACGUUCACGAGCUCGCCCAGGAGGCCAUCGAGAAUGCCCGCUUCCUCGUCUGCAAUCCCAACCUCAACUUCAUGUACGUCCCCGGUCACUUGUCCCACAUGCUCUUCGAAACCCUCAAGAACUCCCUCCGUGCCGUCGUCGAAACCCACGGACAGGAUAAGCAGGAGUUUCCCGUCACCAAGGUCAUUGUGGCAGAAGGCAAGGAAGACAUCACGAUCAAGAUUUCAGACGAGGGCGGCGGUGUUGCUCGUAGCGCCAUCCCGCUCGUUUGGGGAUAUUCGUACACCACCGUCAACCAGACACCGAACCUCGAUCCCGACUUCGACAAGAGCGAUUUCAAAGCGCCCAUGGCCGGAUUUGGUUACGGAUUACCAAUCUCGCGAUUAUAUGCCCGAUAUUUCGGUGGUGACUUGAAGCUCAUCAGCAUGGAGGGCUACGGUACCGAUGUCUACCUACAUCUCAAUAGGCUGUCCAGCUCCUCCGAACCUCUGCCAUAA